AUGAACGUUUUUCAACUUAUAUCUCAUGUGUGUGAAUGGUUGCGUAAUUUAUUUCGGAACCUGACUUUGAGACCAGAACCAUGUGAACAGAUUUUAGAAGAUGUCUCAUUUGAAGGAAUUGCCCGUUACAUUAAAAGUGGCAAAUGUAAAAAGAUCGUUACAAUGGCUGGAGCUGGAAUCUCAACUUCUGCAGGAAUUCCAGACUUCCGUAGUCCAGACACAGGUCUCUACCAUAAUUUGCAGAAAUACAAUCUGCCACACCCACAAGCAAUAUUUGAAUUGAGUUUUUUCAAAGAAAAUCCAAAACCCUUCUUCUGUUUGGCCAAAGAACUUUGGCCAGGAGUUUUAAAGCCAACACCCUGCCAUUAUUUUGUGAAACUUCUUGCUGAUAAAGGACUAUUGCUACGUCAUUUUACACAGAAUAUUGAUACUUUGGAAAGAGUUGCUGGGUUGAAUGGAGACCUCAUUGUAGAAGCUCAUGGGACUUUCUUCUCGAGUCAUUGUGUGGACUGCCAUACUGAAUUCAGCCAGGAAUGGAUUAAAGUGCCUAUAUUUGAAGAUAAGAUUCCUUAUUGUACAGAAUGCAAUGGAUUGGUCAAACCAGACAUUAUAUUUUUUGGAGAACAAUUACCUGAGAAAUUCUUCAUUUGCCAAAAGGAUUUGAAGGAAUGUGAUUUGCUUAUCAUUAUGGGAACAUCUCUGACUGUUCAGCCAUUUGCUUCCCUUGUGUCUCAAGUUUCCGGUACUGCUCCUCGUUUGUAUAUAAACUUGGACAAAAGCAAUUUAUCAAGUGAUCCCUUGUCUAUGUUGCUAGGACAACCAGAUUUUGAUUUUGAGAGUGAAAAGAACUACAGAGACGUAUUUUGGCAAGGAACUUGUGAUGAUGGUUGUCAAGCUCUUGCUGAUUUACUUGGUUUUGGGGAUGAACUGAAAGAAUUAGUGAAACAAGAACAUCAACGAAUAUCUGAAGAGAAUGUUGAAAAAUCACAAUCUGAGUAG